AUGCCCGUCCCGGUGCCGGUGCGGCUGCCGCCUGGGGCCUCACCGGGGCUGAUCUACGACAUCCUCUGCGGCCUGCACGACGAGGGAAAGGAGCGGGGGGCAGCACCGGGGAGGCCCGUCGCUGGGGCGGAGCACACUGCCUCCACGCCGAAUACGGAAGAGGUGAUGCCGCCGGGGUGGGAAAAGGUGAGGUAUCGCGGUACGGUGGUGUAUGUUGACCAUGUGAGUCGAGAGGCACAUGAGGAAAAGCCAUGGGAAGUGUGGAGCCGCCGAGCGAAGGCCUGA